GUGGGGGCGGUGGGCGUGAGAGAGACGACGUGGGCUUGUUUGCUGGUUGCUCAAUGUGUGUGCGGGCCGGGAGGGAGAAGGUUUCCUGGGUGUGCUUUGGGGAGGCAGCAGGAACAGAUGCCGGCCGGCUCUCACAACUGCCGUAGCCCAGGCUUUUGUUUAUUUUGAGGCAUAGGCGAUUUAAACAACAACAACAACAACAACAAAAAUACUCGGUGCGAGAUAACUAGUGAGGCGCUGAGAAUCGAGGCGGGUCUGAGAACCAUCUCCCGCGGAGCCAGCGUCGUUUUCAACGAACAUCUUUUGCGCUCAUUGCCAGUCGUGGAUAACGUACCCACACCUCAGGAACACCAGGAGAAAACUGUGCCUGGCCCAGGUGCUGAUUUUGGAUUAUGUUCUAGAACAUCAAGAAUAGUGAUUUCUACUUGUCAGGACUGCAAACUCAGAAGCUGCAGAGAAUCCUAUGUAAAUAAACUGUGAUCUCUUUUGCUGCCCUUUUACAUUGGGAGACCCCUUUAUUUCACCACAUCCGAGGAGUAUAUAACUCGCACCGUCAUUAUGAAUGUGACAAGUUUGUUUUCCUUCACAAGUCCAGCUGUGAAGAGACUUCUCGGGUGGAAGCAGGGUGACGAAGAAGAAAAAUGGGCAGAGAAGGCUGUUGAUGCGCUGGUGAAAAAACUGAAGAAGAAGAAGGGUGCCAUGGAGGAGCUGGAGAAGGCCCUGAGCUGCCCCGGGCAGCCCAGUAACUGUGUCACCAUCCCCCGCUCUCUGGACGGCAGGCUGCAGGUCUCCCACCGGAAGGGACUGCCUCACGUCAUUUACUGCCGCGUGUGGCGCUGGCCUGAUCUUCAGAGCCACCAUGAACUGAAGCCCCUGGAAUGCUGCGAGUUCCCUUUUGGCUCCAAGCAGAAGGAAGUCUGCAUCAAUCCCUACCACUAUAAGCGAGUAGAAAGCCCCGUUCUUCCUCCAGUGCUGGUUCCGAGACACAGUGAAUAUAACCCUCAGCACAGCCUCCUAGCUCAGUUCCGGAACCUGGGACAGAAUGAGCCUCACAUGCCACUCAACGCCACUUUUCCAGAUUCUUUCCAGCAGCCCAACAGCCACCCGUUCCCUCAUUCUCCCAGCAGCAGUUACCCGAACUCUCCCGGAAGCAGCAGCAGCACCUAUCCCCACUCUCCCACCAGCUCAGACCCGGGCAGCCCUUUCCAGAUGCCAGCUGAUACUCCCCCACCUGCCUACUUGCCUCCCGAGGACCCCAUGACCCAGGAUGGCUCUCAACCAAUGGACACAAAUAUGAUGGCGCCUUCCCUGCCCUCAGAAAUCAACAGAGGAGAUGUUCAGGCAGUUGCUUAUGAGGAACCAAAACACUGGUGCUCUAUUGUCUACUAUGAGCUCAACAAUCGAGUGGGUGAAGCGUUCCAUGCCUCCUCCACAAGUGUGUUGGUGGAUGGUUUCACUGAUCCUUCCAACAAUAAGAACCGUUUCUGCCUUGGGCUGCUCUCCAAUGUUAACCGGAAUUCCACUAUUGAAAACACCAGGCGGCAUAUUGGAAAAGGAGUGCAUCUUUACUAUGUUGGAGGGGAGGUGUAUGCYGAAUGCCUCAGUGACAGUAGCAUCUUUGUGCAAAGUCGGAACUGCAACUACCAUCAUGGAUUUCACCCCACUACUGUUUGCAAGAUCCCUAGUGGGUGUAGCUUGAAAAUUUUUAACAACCAAGAAUUUGCUCAGUUGUUGGCACAGUCUGUGAACCAUGGUUUCGAGACCGUCUACGAGCUCACAAAAAUGUGUACUAUACGCAUGAGCUUUGUGAAGGGCUGGGGAGCAGAAUACCACCGCCAGGAUGUUACUAGCACCCCCUGCUGGAUUGAGAUACAUCUGCACGGUCCCCUCCAGUGGCUGGAUAAAGUUCUCACCCAGAUGGGUUCACCUCAUAAUCCUAUUUCAUCAGUGUCUUAAAUGGCCUCAGGCUUCUGCCUCUUGAAAACUAUUGAGCCUUGCAUGUACUUGAAGGAUGGAUGAGUCAGACCCAAUGGAGAGCUGACAAAGGAGCCUUGAUAAUACUUGACCUCUGUGACCAACUGUUGGAUUCAGAAAUUUGAA